AAAUUAGUACUGUUUUAUUCUGACCAGUGGAAUCAUGUUUAAAACGUGUUUAGGGAUUGUUUUGCUGAUUUCUUGUGACGGAUUGCUUGCACAAAAUGUAAGCAAUUCGUUUAAUUGGGGAGUAGAGCAUUGUGGCUAUGCAUUAGGCUUGGUGAUGAAUGAGCUAAAUUUAUUAGGCCAUCUCAUCAUCGAGAAAGAUGUUCAACUGCAAAGUAAACUGUACGAUUUGAGCUCUAAGAUUGAUAGUUUAAUGCAGCAAAAGUGCAAUACAACAACCCUUCCGGUGUUCAACGGGACCAAAGACGAUGUUUACAGCUCCUGUAAGGAGACACCCACUACUGGAGUUUACAUGAUACAGCCUGAAAAGCCAUUUAAAGAGCCAAUUACUGUGCUGUGCGAUCAAGAGUACGAAUCAGGCGGCUGGAUUGUGAUACAGCAUCGUUUUGACGGAUCGACAAACUUCUAUCGUAACUGGAAGGAGUACAAGAAUGGGUUCGGAAAUCUGGACGGAGAGUUUUGGUUGGGUUUGGAUCGUAUUUAUCAGUUGACUGUAUCGCAGCCACAUGAACUGGUUGUACUGCUGGAGGAUUUCGACGGCAACAAAACGUUCGCCAGAUACGAUCAGUUUGAGAUUGCUGACGAGAACCAGAUGUACAUGCUUAGUAAAAUAGAAGGCUUCUCAGGACCUGCGGGUGAUUCCUUAGGGAAUGUGAAAGGGAUGAAGUUUUCCACUCAAGAUUCCGACAAUGAUACAUGGAAGGAUAGCUGUGCAGUGACCUACACAGGAGCCUGGUGGUAUAGCGCUUGCCACGCUAGCAAUCUGAAUGGGCAGUACUUGCGAGGCGAAACUACAGAAUAUGCAACAGGGAUGGUAUGGAAAACGUUCCGGGGAUACUAUCACUCACUAAAAAUGGCAAAAAUGAUGAUAAGGCCCAAAUGGCUGCAAGCUUGAGUGGGUAUAGCAACACAAAUGUGAACAAUGAUAAAUAGAAUGCUAAUAAAACUUACACGCAUGGAAUAAUAUUCACGAAUUUGGAUAAUAUAUAGAAUAUUUUAAAAGCA